GACAACUGGAUCUGUGGGGCCACAUCCUGACAGGGUGACGAAGGGCUAGAUGCAAAGAGUUUCUUGUUUUCUUGUUUCUUGUGAAAGAUAGAAUAUAUUUACUGGAAUAUAACCCUCCCUCAUUAUGCCAUUUAUGGGAAACAAAAUUCAGUGUUUAUAAAGCAGUUAAUUUAUAACAGACAAAACCAGAUUAUCACUCUUUGGAAGGGCAAAUAUUUGUUCAAAAUCUUCUACAUGGGACAGACAACUUCUUCUCAUUUUUAAACACAGCUGAUUGAGAAAAGUAACAGAGGAGCUACCUAAUAGAGAAAAAAAAGAGCUCAUUACUGGAUGUCAACAUGAAAAACGGAAUUUACCUACUCCUCUUAAGUGAAAUAUGUGUUGAAUUCAUCAAGGCUGGCAUCAAACCUAACAUUUCAAAGGAGGAAAAAGACAAUAAUUUCUUCGAAAGAAGUAAAAAUGUCAGUAUUUCCGAAGAGUGGUAUCCUCACAAAAAUAUCUCUAAGCCAUCUGAAGACCAAGGUCUUGAAGACUUCUCUCUUUACAACCUCACUGAAAAGACUGCAAAUUUUGGAUUUAACCUCUACAGAAAAAUUGCAAUGACACACGAUAACAAUGUGAUCAUCUCUCCCCUUUCUGUAUCAGCUCUCAUGACUGUUUAUAUGCUGGCAGCCAAAGGGGAAACAUACAGACAAAUAGUAAAAGGUCUAAACCUCCAUGCUUUGAAGGACAGCAUGGAUCGCCAACAUUUACCGGCUUUGUUUAAACAACUGACGGAUAAACUCACAAUGAAUCAAGAACUUCUCCUCAUGCAAGGUACUCUUUCUUUUAUCCAAAAGGACUUCAGACUCAAGGAGUCUUUCCUGAAUUUAUCUAAGCAGUACUUUGAUAUGGAAUUCCUGAGAGUGGACUUUGAAAACUUUACUCAGGCAAAACUUCUCAUAAAUCAAAACAUUUACAAGAGGACCAAAGGAAAAAUCCCAGAUCUGUUUGAAGAGCUUGACCGCCAUAAUAAAUUGCUACUUGUGGACUACAUUGUCUUUAAAGGCAAGUGGGUCUAUCCAUUUAAUUCCAAAUUCACAGAAAUGGAGACUUUCCACAUAAAUAAAUACAGAAGUGUAAAGGUACCCAUGAUGUUCAAGUCAGAUAAAAUUAAUUCAACUUUUGAUGAGAACUUAAAAUGCACUGUGAUAAAGAUACCUUACAGAGGGAAUGCCCACAUGCUGAUUGUUAUCCCAGAAAAAGAGGGAGACUACAUUUCACUUGAAGACCAUUUGUCUACAGAGGUUGUGGAAUCCUGGCUUGGAAACAUGAAAAUCAGAACACUGGAUAUUUCAGUUCCAAAGUUCAAACUCCAGCAAAAAUACAAGAUGAAAAAACUGCUUCAUGCUCUUGGAAUUAAAAAUCUCUUUACACGUACAGCAGAUCUUAGUCAUCUCACAGAUCAAGAAUAUGCAGCAGUUUCACAGGUUGUCCAAAAGGCAGUAAUUGAAGUGGAUGAAGAAGGAACUGAGGCCGCAGCAGCCAGUGGGUCAGAAAUAAUUGCGUUCACGGUGCCUCCUGUCAUCAAAGUGGACCGACCAUUCCUUUUUAUGAUUUUUGAAGAAACUUUUAAAACAUUACUGUUCAUUGGCAGGGUGGUUGAUCCAACAAAAAUGUGAAUAAAGGUAACAGUGUCUAUUCUUUGGUACGUAAGAGGCAUUAAUUUAUCUUAUUAAUUUCUAUUAGAAUAAAAAGACACUGAAAUAUGAAA